AUGCCACCAAUCAGCAGAUCAUCUUUAUGGAACAUUUUUCAAAGGAUCGACACGGAUAGAAACGGCUCUAUCAAUGGCGAUGAACUUCAAAGCGCCUUGGCAAAUGGUACUUGGAAUCCUUUUAAUCCUGAGACCAUACGACUUAUGAUGGGGAUGUUUGAUACAGAUGGCAACGGUAUGAUUACUUUCAAUGAAUUUGCUGAUCUUUGGAAGUAUGUCCAUGACUGGCAGAAAUCAUUUCGCAGCUUUGACACCGUUAGCUCUGGAACAAUUGACAGAUAUGAGUUGAAAGCAGGUCUGGUGUAUACAUAUGUACACACACAUAUAUUUCUGCAUGUUAUGACUUGUUAAUGGUGAAUUAGAAGAGUUUAAUUUACAGAAAUAUCAGUCUAUACAUAUUAUAAAAUCGCAGUUGAGUUUUAAAACUUGUAUGAUGAUUGCGUUAAGCAAUGACAUCUUACGUUUUGAAAAGAGUUUAAAAUCUUCAUAAUUCA